AGCAAAAGCAGAUGGCCGUGCAAGGCCACAGUGCAGAGGAAGUGGGCAACGUGCGAGCUGAUCCACCCUCAAGGUGUGCCUGUGGGGAUUUCCUAACCAGCCCCUUGCUGCCUCUCUCUGAGAUGAGCAAUCAGAAAAAAGAAUUUCCCUGUGUACCAUAAAAGACUCGAAUCUUAGUGAGGUAUAUGUCAUUGUUGUAUCUGCUCAUUUAGCAGCAUAGGGACCCUUAAUAUUUACUUUUUAAAAGUUCGUCACAGGCUGUAUGAAAUUAAGACAAUGACAAAAUUAGAUCUGCAGAUAACAGGUUCCUAUCUCCAGCUGAAAUAUACCAAACUCCUAGACCAUAUAGGAAACAUAACUCCAUGUAUAAAAAACUGAUUAAUGUAAUUCAGCAAUGAAUAAAGCAUAUCUAGUGAAUAAAUCAAUAUAAGCACCUCAUAACGAGAAGUUAUUGUAGCAGCUGGGACAGAAAUGGGAGGACAAUGAACUGGGCACCUCAAGAAGCUGGGCCUGCUUGUCUCUGAGCUUUUCAGCAGGUCACUGGCCCCCCUCUAGGCCUGGAACCCUCAUCUACACAAGAAAGAGUUGCUUUGAUUGCCAAUGCUUCCAAAACCCAUUAUGAUGACAGGUUAUCACAUCAAAAGUACCUAAUCACCACAGGCAAGAUUUUAAACAUCUUCUGUAAGUCACAGACUUAGUAUAAUUUUAUCUGAGGAAACAAAAAAAGAGCAGGGGCCCACAAACUAUCUUAAAUUCUAAAAACAGUUAAGUUGGUGUAUCUUUUAAAAGUUGGCAGAUCAUGCAUAACCAAAUGUAAAGAUAAUUAAAAUUUUAGGACAAGCAAAUGAGAUGAUUUUUUAAAAAGAGAAAGUAAAAAAUUGAAUACAACUAGGCAGGCAGUGAUUAGGGUUACUCACUUCCCUUUCCAUUGGUUUCAUUUCCCUUCUUAGGUUAAAGUGCUCCUCAUAUGUAAACUAUUCCACUAAAGACUUCUAGAAUCCUUUCUUAGCGAUUUGCAGUGAUGUUUAGGCAAAAGGAAUUCUUUCAAGACUUCCAUGUGACCAAAAUGGAAUAGAAGCACUGGGGACUUAAAAAUAAAGCAAACCAGGAUGGGUAAACAUACAUGUAAUGUGGAAGCAAGUGAGUGAGGAUCCCAAUUUUAACCAUUUAGAAAUGUUUUAAUAAUAAAAAGGGGGCAUUUUUAAUUUUAGGAACUUUGGUAGUAAAGGGUUAACCCUGUUUAGGAGUACCUACUAAGUGCCAGGUACUAUGUUAAGCACUUGGGACUCUUUGGUUUAGAGUCCUCACAGUCCUAUCAGAUGGGUGUUCUCUCUAUUUUAACUUCAUAGAAACCAAGUAGGAACAAAGGCUCAGAAUGGUUAACUAGACAAAAUCACAGCUUAGAAAGUGAAGAAACUGUACAAUGAAUUCCAUUCUAGUUAAUUAUCAAAUCUCAUUCUCUUUCAAUAUAUAAUGUAGACUUUAAGCAUCAAAAUAAACAAAUGAAAGACGUUUCUCCCUCUUUGAGUCUCUUAAGUAUAUACUAUUACUGUAAGGGGCGCUUAUGCAAAGUGUGACUUCAUAAACAAAUCAUUUGUGAAAGAGAAAAACCACAUCCAGGGUAAAGUCAUAAGUUGAAAAAGGCUUAUUUCAGAGAGUACUUCCUGAAGGGGACAAACCAGCAAUUACAGCCAAACAAGUACCUACUCCUGUAUCAAGUUCUAUUUUUGAAGCAGCUUUCUAAAGCAACAGAAGAGCCUGAAACAAAAGAAAUAUAGCAUUUCCUAAAUAUACCAUUUCUUGAAGGAGCUAUUUUAACACAAGCAACUCAAAGAUAACUCUUUGUACCAAAAAAAGUUUCUAAAACAGCCUUUUGAUGGACACGAGUUUCUAAGAAUCAUGCCCACCACCGAGCUGUAAGAUGACCACCCCACACAAUCAAGCACAACCUGGCCCUUCUAACAACUCACAUCCAGAUGAAUAUAAAAUCGCAGCCCUUGUCUUUUACAGCUGUAUCUUUGUAAUUGGAUUAUUUGUUAAUGUCACUGCCUUAUGGGUCUUCAGCUGUACCACUAAAAAGAGAACCACUGUAACCAUCUAUAUGAUGAAUGUGGCAUUACUGGACUUAAUAUUUAUAAUGAGCUUACCCUUUCGAAUGUUUUAUUAUGCAAAAGGUGAAUGGCCAUUUGGUGAGUACUUCUGCCAGAUUCUUGGGGCUCUCACGGUGUUUUAUCCAAGUAUUGCUCUAUGGCUUCUUGCUUUUAUUAGUGCCGACAGAUACAUGGCCAUUGUACAGCCGAAAUAUGCCAGAGAACUUAAAAACACAUGCAAGGCCGUGCUAGCUUGCGUGGGAGUCUGGAUAAUGACCCUGACAACCACCAUCCCACUCCUACUGCUCCACAAGGACCCAGAUAAAGCCUCUGUCCCCGCUACCUGCCUGAAGAUUUCUGACAUCAUCCACCUAAAAGCUAUGAACAUGCUGAACUUCACUCGACUGAUAUUUUUUUUCUUGAUUCCUCUGUUCAUCAUGAUUGGGUGCUACUUGGUCAUUAUUCACAGUCUCCUACAUGGCAGGACAUCUAAGCUGAAACCAAAAGUCAAGGAGAAGUCGAUAAGGAUCAUCAUCACGCUCGUGGUACAGGUGCUCAUCUGCUUUAUGCCUUUCCACAUCUGCUUUGCUUUCCUGAUGCUAGAAGGGGAUGAUAACAGCUAUAAUCCCUGGGGAGCCUUUACCACCUUCCUCAUGAACCUCAGCACCUGUUUGGAUGUGAUUCUCUACUACAUUGUUUCAAAACAAUUCCAGGCUCGAGUCAUUAGUGUCAUGCUCUACCGAAACUACCUUCGGAGCAUGCGCAGAAAAAGCUUCCGGUCAGGAAGUUUAAGGUCACUAAGCAACAUAAACAGUGAAAUGUUAUGAAUGAUAAGUUUUUUGUCUUCAUUCUCUUUAAAUUCACUUUACUAGCUACCCUAGGACCAGUGGGCAUUCUGUAUGACACCAUCAAGUCCCUUAUCUCCUGAAAAAAAUAAUAAUAAUAAACUUUAAAAAUUAUUUUGUGGGAUCUUAUUAUUGUGGCAACAUAGUCAAAUAUUUUGAAGUAUUCCAACAAAUUCACUAUUUUUAUUUUUAAAACUUGAAUGAAACAUUUCAUUGGUUAUCGGGAGAAAAAUAUUCAAUUUGUGUGUCAUAUU